AGAUCAAUCAAUGCUUGGGCAUCACCACGGGUCGGACAGAGGUACUAUACUACUACAUAAGUUCAAAACAUGCUUGGAUCCUCUCUGCCUUGGAUUCCGCCGUGCGUGGAACCACCCAGCCACUGCUUGAUCUUGGGUUGGUGGACGAAGCAAAGCACACUACGAACGAAUGGAUUGCUGUAACCUGUAGUUAAGUACAGACGACAAGACGCGUCAUAUCUCUUAUAUACUACUAAAUCACGUCAUUCAUUCAUCAGAGGCGGCAGAGGUUCCUCGAGACUGGGGAACCAACCCGAGACAGAUUAUAAAUUAUCUACCCAGUCCCACCAACGUAGGAAAACAGAAAGAGCACGUCGGUUCCCGAAUGACCUGGGUCAAAAUGCAAGCGAUUCGCGUACACCCCGCUCCAGCAGGCACAGAGCCGUACUCUGCAUCGAAUCCCGCGCCAGUUUCCGCUUUGCAUCUAGAUCCCGAUGUGAUGGUUCCCAAGCCCUCCUCUCAACCGGGCGAGGUCCUCGUGCGGGUGAAAGCGUCGACGGUAGUUCGGGAUACGCUCACCUGGCCCGACACCUACACCCAAGCGAACCGGAUACCCGGUAACGACCUUGCCGGUGUGGUUGUCGAGGUAGCUUCUGCUGGGUCUAAAUUCAGCCCGGGAGAUGAGGUAUUCGGAAUGGUAAGUAGCGUGCGCAGCGCCGCAUGGGCAGAAUAUGUUGUCGUGAAGGACGACGAAAUCGCGCCGAAGCCCAAGACCUUGACGUGGGAGCAAGCCGCCGCGAUGCCCCUGAGUGGCCAAACAGCGUACGAGGCUCUUGUCGACCACGCCGGGAUUUCAUUGCCAGCACGCGAAGAGGAAAUUAUCCGGAACAUAUCAAAAUCGCACCCUGCGCCACACCGGAAGCGAAUUCUUAUUACGGGGGCGGCUGGCGGGGUGGGUGUGUAUCUCGUGCAGCUUGCUGCGUUUGCGGGAUUGCAUGUUACCGGUGCUACGAGCUCUAAUAGUCGGAACUCGGAUUUUUUACGGUCCUUGGGUGCGGAUGAAACCAUCGAGUAUGCCAGUCUGAAAUGCCAGCGAGGUAUGUACGAUGUGGUUAUCGACACUGUCGGAGGGGAGCCUCUCGCUGAUGCUUGGACUGUCGUGAAAAGCGGCGGGACGGUCAUAUCGGUGGAUUCCAGCAGCUUCGAUUUCGUCCAGAAGCAUAAAGAAAUCGGGCUCGCUAAGGAAGGAGUCAAGGGGUUGUUCUUUAUUGUUCAUGGACGCAGUGAAGCCUUGAAUUCUCUGGCAAGGUUAGCGGAAUCGGGGCUUUUAGAGGUCUUUGUACUGUAUAUAUUCCCUGCCACCCAGGCAAGAGAGGCGUAUGAGCGUGCGAGUGGUAGAGUUACCGGCCGUGGUAAGGUUAUUCUCACUUUCUGAUAUUUGUUUCUACUUGCCAAUUUACCUGAAUACUAUACCACCCCUUCGAGUAUAUAGGGUUGUGGUUUGUCACGGAAUGUUUACGCGGCACGGCUGCUUGUAUAUGUAUACUCCACAACGGAGCCGAAACUAUAUGUAGCCGCAGGGAACGUGGAUAGCUAUUGCUUGUCAGUAGAUAUGUUGUUCUUAUAGAACAACUGCUAUGCUUGUGUCGACUAUUUCGGAGGGGAUGCCAUCUGCGCUAUCAUGCGAGAACCUCGAC